AUGGAUAGCGAAAUGUUUGCUGAAUUUCCGCCGUUUGAUACAGACGAGCUUCGAUACGUGGCAGCCAACUUAAGUGACGAGGCUGUCAAACCGGAAGAUGUACUCCAAGAAACACACGCCGACCAACCGCUCACCACUCGCACUUUACUUCAACUGAUCAUAGAGUCUCCGCGUAGAAACACUAUUUCCUCAUACCAAGGCGCAGGGACACUAGGUGUUUACUCAUUCUGGAAAACGGCUCAGGAUCUCAACACUGUCAAUGCCCCGGUACAGACGACUUUUAUUUUUCUCGCAGUUCCAGAGUCCAUCGUGGGAAUCCGGGAGGCGUGGAGAUGCGUCCUCUGUACUCUGAUAUCCGAAAUAUCUUCGCAUAUCACCCAUGUACCCCCCGAGAAAAUGAGGGAGUACGGCAUUUGGGGCGGCCAGUGCUCUCAGAAAUAUCUCCUAUUUGAUGUUCCAAGUGAGGAUGAAGGAGGGACCACUGACGAAGAAGGCAACUCUAUAGAUGCAUUAAUCGACCUAUUGCUCGCUCUACAACACUGCGACUAUCAGUUCUAUUCCGUGCCGGAGGAGGGCAGCUCCAGGUUGCUUCCUAUCCAGCACAGCUUUGUCGUCGUUGCCGACAGACUUGGGAGGUUCUCGUCCGGCGAUGGUAAAGGAUAUAGGGAUUGUUUUGAUCAAGCUAUGGAAGCGACCGUCUUAGACAAGAUGGGCGGUAAAAUAUUCUACAUUGAAGAGGAGGAUUGA